AUGGCUGCAGCUAACUCCUCCUCUGUGACCGAGUUCAUCCUCGCAGGUUUGACAGACCAGCCAGGACUGCAGCUGCCCCUCUUCUUCCUGUUUCUAGGUUUCUACCUGGUCACUGUGGUGGGGAACCUGGGUCUGAUCACUCUUAUCGGACUGAACACUCACCUGCAUAUACCCAUGUACUUUUUUCUUUUCAACUUGUCCUUCAUUGAUUUUAGUUUCUCUACUACCAUUGUACCCAAAAUGCUGGUGAGUUUUGUCUUACAGAAGAACCUCAUCUCCUAUCCAGGGUGUAUAGCUCAGCUUUUCUUCUUCUGCUUCUUUGUCUUCUCCGAGUCCUUCAUCCUGUCGGCCAUGGCCUAUGACCGCUAUGUGGCCAUCUGCAAGCCAUUGUUGUACACAGUCACCAUGUCUCCUCAGGUGUGUCUACUCCUUUUGUUGGGUGUUUAUGGGAUGGGAAUCUUUGGAGCUGUUGCUCAUACAGGAAACAUACUGAUUUUGUCCUUUUGUGCUGACAACCUAGUCAAUCAUUACAUGUGUGACAUUCUUCCCCUUCUGGAGCUCUCCUGCAAUGGUUCCUACAUAAACAUCCUUGUGGUCUUUAUUGUGGUGACCAUUGGCAUUGGGCUGCCCAUUGCAGCCAUUUUUAUCUCUUACGGUUUCAUUCUUUAUAGCAUUUUCCACAUGAGCUCCACAGAGGGCAGAUCCAAAGCCUUCAGCACCUGCAGCUCCCACAUCAUUGCUGUUUCUCUCUUCUUUGGCUCAGGAGCUUUCAUGUACCUCAAACCACCUUCUAUUUUACCUCUUGACCAGGGGAAAGUCUCCUCCUUGUUCUAUACCAUUGUGGUGCCCAUGCUCAACCCACUAAUCUAUAGCCUGAGGAAUAAGGAUGUCAAAUUUGCUGUGAAGAAAACCUUGGGCAAACUAACUUUAUCUUAA